AUGCGGAGUGUGGCAACAGUUUUGGCAUCUGCAACCCUCAUGACAGGGCAGGGUGUGAAAACUCAGAAAGAAGUCAAAAACAGUGCCAAGAACCCUGCACAAUAUACAGCAGCUGAACGAUGGAGCUACAUGCAAGAAGGCAAGCAGGUCUUCAGUGAUGCUGGUGUCAUUGGCUUGACGUGCGAUGCUGUGCACAUUGGUGCAGCGGAGUCUCAACAAAUUGACCGUGGACAAUUGGCACGAAGCUUGAACAAGGAAGGAAAAAGGCUCCGUGACUUCGGUGGACAAGAGGAUCUGCUUGCUGAUGAAGCUCCCCUCAAAAAGCCACGAACCCUUGUGGUCUGCAGUGACCAGGAAAGUGUGCAAAUCGCCGCUUUGAACUUUGCCAGGCACCACCGGCGGCUGUUCAUUGAACAUAUCAAGGACCCAGGGCACAGAUGCUGGAAUGACACCUGGGGAGCACUUUCCGAUUCCCACCUUGCAAAGACAGCCAUGAUUUUGCUGAACGUGUACAAUGUGAAAUAUGGUCCAUGGAACAAGUCAGGUUGGUUUGCUCGGGUACAGGAGACAGCAAAGACUUUAAGCCAACAGCUGGGACCCAAUGACCCAUUGUUGCAGAAGUUCUUUCCCGCAAUUCUAGCAGACUCUAGGCGAGAUGAGUCAGAGAACACAGAGCAGGAAAGAAAAGAGUUUCUCCAGAGCCUUCCGACGCUACCGUGCAUCACCAACAAAGGGCCUAAGGCGUCGCAGAACCGCUUCUUCAGCAUUGUGCAUGCUCAUCAGUGGCUAGAUCGCAUGUGGUCAUCGCAGGGCUGUGUGUUUGCUGCGUGCUGUUUGCUCCAGGGCUGGGCAAACCACGCGGAUGAAUUAUGGAGCCCAGCUGGCUGUGCUCAGGAUCGAGCUGUCUAG